AUGCGUACACAUGACUUGCGCGUGAUAGCCAUCUCACGCAUCAACCUCAUCGCACCUACAAGGUGCAGCCGAAUCAAACUCAGUGCCAUGGGCCAUUCACAUCGAUCUACCCUCAAGAACGACCAUAAGUCGUUCAAAUCCAAGCAUGCCACCAAGGGCCAGAUCAAAAACCGGUUUAAGGGAAAAGUCGAAAAGGGUGCUUCUGGGUCUAAAGCGAUCCGAGUAAUGUCCAAGACAGAACGGAAAAACGUCGCUAAGCAAUUGAAGGAGCAAAAGAUUCUUGAAAGUAAGAAUACGAGGAAGCUUUUCGAUAGUUUGGGUGCUGAGAAAAUUGUGACUGUAAUCUCGCUCACCAAUGAUAUUUCUCCAGCCGAUGUAGCCUCUUCCUUAUUCAGUGGAACCGGUGAAAAAUUCACAUUCGAAUACCCCAGUGUCAGUAGCAUCCGAAUACGCCAAUACAAGGCCAACUUCAAGAUCAUAAUCCCAGACCAAAAUGAUUUUUUGGCUAUUCUCGAUGCCACAAAGAUUUCUGACUAUGUUGUAUUUGGAAUAUCUGCGCAACAAGAAGUGGAUCCCACUUAUGGUGAACAAUUGUUGCGGUCAAUUAUAGCACAGGGCAUUGCUUCUGUGAUUGGUGUGUUGCCCAAUCUUGUUUCAGCGUAUCCUAAACGAAACUUACAGCUCGAUAUAAGGCAGUCUCUUCAAUCUUAUUUUACCCAUUUCUUCCCAGAUGUGGACAAAUUAUACGCCUUGGAAACUGCCUCAGAAUGUAUCAAUUGCAUAAGAUUAAUGUCACAGAAGAUGCCCAAAUCGGUUUCGUGGAGAGAUGCUCGAGGAUACCUCGUUGCUGACGAAGUUUCGUGGAUUCAAGGUGCAAAUGGUGCACCAUUGAUGACAGUAAUUGGAACUGUUCGUGGUGUUGGAUUCAAUGUUAAUAGACUUGUGCACAUUCCUGGUCUGGGAGACUAUCAGCUAGAAGGCAUUGAGACCAUGGUUGAGCGUUCUUCAGAGACCCAAGUAAUAAUUCCAACCCAAGAUCAAGAAGAUCUAAAUGAACUUUUGCCUGAAGAGUUGGAGAUGGAAGACGAGAUAGAAGAUGUCUAUGAAGACGGAGUGAAGAUGGACGGGUACAAAUAUUUUGCAACCGAUGACGAUAAUAGUUCCAGAAAACCAGUUCCAAAAGGUACCUCUGAGUACCAAAGAAAAUGGCUUAUAGACGAUGUUCUCGAAGAUGCAUCCGACUUGGAAGACGAUGAAAAUGAGGAAAUAGAUGAAAUUGUGGAAAUGGAAGAAAUGGAUGAGGCAGAUAACAUUGUGGACCAGGACGAAGAUGUUCAAUAUAUGGAGCUCUCACCAGAAGAAGAAGAAAGACAGUUACAAGAGUUCCGCGCUUUGGAAAAAGACGACCUUGAGUUCCCAGAUGAGUUGGAACUUGAUCCAUCGGAAUCUGCUAGAGAGAGACUUGCAUCGUAUCGUGGAAUCAAAUCACUUGGUAAUUGUGACUGGCAAGUAGAUGAAGCUGACGAAAAUAGACCCAGCAUAUGGAAACGGUUGCUCCGGAUCUCCAACUAUAAAGCGACCCGGAACAGAAUUGCCAAGCAAGCUUCGAGAGAGGCACAAGUGGAAGCUGGAACCAAAGUCAGGCUCACUAUUCGAGCACCCACCGAUAUCCAAAGUGAUGCCAGCCAGCGUCCAUUUGUGGUUUAUGGAAUGCUCGAGCACGAACACAAGUUGGGUUUGGUCAAUUGGUCAUUUGAGUCCUGGGAAGACUACGUUGAUCCAAUUCCUAGUGGAGAGGAACUCGUUGUUCAAUAUGGUUACCGAAGACAAGUGAUCAAGCCACUUUUCAACCAAGCCUCCAACAACUCAAACAAUGUCCACAAGUCGGAACGGUUUGCUCACCAUGGCUCGUUGACAAUUGCUAGUGCCAUCAGUCCUGUUCUGUUCACCAACUCACCAACACUUUACUUUAAGCCUCAACCAGAUGGUCUGCUCAAAUUUGUUGGUAAAGGUACAUUCCUCAAUUGUGACCACACCAGAAUCGUUGCUGAGCGUGCGGUAUUGACUGGACACCCUGUCAAGAUUCACAAGACGGUGGUGACGGUGAGAUACAUGUUCUUCAAUUCUCAAGAUGUCAAUUUCUUCAAAGCCAUUCCAUUAUUCACCAAAAUGGGUCGUAGUGGAUUUAUUAAGGAAAGUUUGGGAACACACGGGUAUUUCAAGGCACGCUUUGACGGCAAGUUGAAUGCUCAGGAUACAAUUGCUAUGAGCAUGUAUAAGAGAGUGUGGCCUCUGGUGAGUGAGGCAUGGAAGUAA